UUCCCCGCUGGCUGUCGGCGCGCGCCCGCUCCCGGCCCAGGCCAGCCCCGUGCGGGGUCCGCCGCCUGCCCCGCGGAGCCCGACGCCAGUGCUCCGGGCAGCGGCUCCGGGCAGCCGCGCACGAGCGUCCCAAGCGGGGACCAGGACUGGGCGCGCCCCGGGCGCCAGGAGCCCCGAGGUCCCGGGCAGAGCCCGGCGGACCCGCGGCCGCGAUGCCGGACGAGCUGACGGAGCCUGGGCGCGCCACGCCGGCCCGCGCCGCCUCCUUCCUCAUAGAGAACCUGCUGGCGGCCGGGGCCAAAGGCGCUGGGCGCGCGGCCCAAGGCGGCGGGGGCCGCGAGGACGGGCUGGACGACGACGGCGACCCGGAGGACGGGGACGCAGAGCAGGCGCGGCGGCGGCGGCAGCAGCAGCAGCGACGGCGACAGCUGCGCGCGGGCGGCGGGCCCGGCGGGGAGGCGCGGGCCCGGGCCCUGCUCGGGCCAGGCGCGCUGGGCCUCGGGCCCCGGCCGCCCCCCGGUCCCGGGCCGCCCCACUCUCCGGGCCGCGGCGGCGCGACGCGCUGGUGCCCGCGGGCGCGCGGUGGGUACGGAGGCGGCCUCAGCCCUGACACCAGCGACCGGGACUCACCUGAGACCGGCGAGGAGAUGGGCCGUGCCGAGGGAGCCUGGCAGCGGGUCUCCGGGCCGGGAUCGGUGCAGCGGGAGGCGGCGGAGCUGGCGGCGCGGGGCUCGGCGGCCGGCGCGGAGGAGGCGGCGGAGCUGGCCGAGGCCCCGGCGCCGGCGGGGGAGGCGCGCGUCGGCGGCCGCAAGAAGAAGACGCGCACCGUCUUCUCGCGCAGCCAGGUCUUCCAGCUCGAGUCCACCUUCGACCUGAAGCGCUACCUGAGCAGCGCCGAGCGCGCCGGCCUGGCCGCCUCCCUGCAGCUCACCGAGACGCAGGUCAAGAUCUGGUUCCAGAACCGCCGCAACAAGUGGAAGCGGCAGCUGGCGGCCGAGCUGGAGGCGGCCAGCCUGUCCCCACCGGGCGCGCAGCGCCUCGUCCGCGUGCCGGUGCUCUACCACGAAAGCCCCCCGGCCGCGGCUGCCGCCGGGGCCCCCGCCGCGCUGCCCUUUCCGCUCGCCCCCGCGGCGCCCGCGCCACCCCCGCCGCUGCUCGGCUUCUCUGGGACCCUCGCCUACCCGCUGGCCGCCUUCCCGGCCGCCGCCUCCAUGCCCUUUCUGCGGGCGCAGAUGCCCGGCCUGGUGUGAACCACCCCCCUCGCCGGACCCACUCCCGGUGACCGCUGGGGACCUUUGCGGAAGGGCAACGGCAGCUGUGGCGCAGAUGGGCCGGCAGGGAGGGCUGGGAGCUCCUACUGCCCCUCGGGAGUGCAGGCUCCCGGCGGGGUCCAAGGCUCCAUGGGAAGCUCGUCCAGAAUGUAAUAGGGGCGCCUUGGACUAUGUAUGGCCCACCCAACCAGGUGCAAGCGUGGGUCCUUGGCAGGCGUGAGGCAUCACAGAGAAACUGUAGGCCACGCAGCCCAGAGCCCCACGGGGCAGGCCUUAGCCUAGGGGCAGAUUCAGCCACCCUCUGGGAGCCAGCGCCCAGCCCGGCAGCCCACAGCAAAGGCAAACCACGGACAAGCUGUCCCCACACGGCCGGCCCUGGUCACCCCUGCGGCCUUGACAGUGGGCCACGCAAAGAGAGAGCCCUGGGAGAGUCCCUGUGGAGGGGAGGGCAAACAGCCUGCCAGGGGGCACUUCUGCCCGAUCCUCCUUUCCGAAGACAGGGUCAGACUGAGGUUUCUCUCCUGGCUGCGGGCGGCCUCUGGUUCUGGCGAAGAUUUUUUUUUUAAUGAAUCUACUUAUUUGCGUAUGGAAUAAAAAGGGACA